AUGUACACCGCAAAACGUCUCUCCGGCAAAACCAUCCUCAUAACGGGUGCCUCCUCAGGGAUCGGCCGUUCGACAGCCCUCGAAUUCGCACGCAGCUCGCCCGACAAUCUCAAACUGAUCCUGACGGCGCGGCGCAUUGACAGACUCCGAGAACUGGCAAGUGAAAUCACAAGCGAGCGUCCGGGAGUGAAAGUUUACCCGAUCCAUCUGGACGUAAGCAAUCCAGAGGAAGUCAACGGGCUACUCGGAACUCUGCCGAGCGAGUUCAAAGAGGUUGAUGUUUUGGUCAACAAUGCAGGCUUGGUCAAGGGUGUCGCCCGCGCCCCUGAAAUUGCUGAAGAGGACAUAGCCACCAUGUUCUCCACGAACGUCCACGGCCUCAUAAAUAUGACCCAAGCAAUCCUCCCUUCCAUGCUAUCGCGCAACAACGGGCAGGGAGCAGGAGAUAUCAUCAACAUCGGCUCCAUCGCUGGCCGCGAGCCCUACGUGGGUGGGAGUAUUUACUGCGCGACGAAAGCCGCCGUGCGCAGCUUUACGGAGGCUCUGCGCAAGGAGCUCAUUGCAUCCAGGGUGAGGAUUAUUGCAGUAGACCCCGGGCAGGUCGAGACAGAGUUUUCGGUUGUGAGGUUUUAUGGGGAUAAGAGUAAGGCGGAUGCGGUCUAUGCAGGAUGCGAGCCGUUGACGCCGGAUGAUAUUGCAGAGGUGAUAGUGUUCACGGCGAGUAGGAGAGAGAAUGCUGUUGUGGCAGAUACGUUGGUUUAUCCUAACCAUCAGGCGAGUGCGACUAUCAUGCAUCGGAAGAAUUGA